AUGGGUGCCGAUGAGUGUCAGCUGGUUUUCGAGUACGUCCCGGGCGACCUGUACCAGGUCCUGAGGGGUCACCAGUUGAAGGGAACCCAGUUGCCUAUUGAGAAGGUCGUGCAGUAUUCGCAGGACCUUCUUGAGGGAAUGCAUGCGUGCCACCAGCAUCGCAUCAUCCAGCGUGACCUGAAUCCGCAAAACGUUCUCAUUCAUCCCGUGGACGGCCUCAAGAUCUGUGAUUUCGGCCUCGCCAGGAUCGCCUCGGUUCAGGCCUGGAAUUGCACCGAAGGGGUGACCUCUUUGUGGUACCGUGGCCCAGAGUUGCUGCUUGGUCAUCCCAGGAAUCCCAAGUACGGUCCAGCGGUUGACAUCUGGUCCUCGGGGUGCAUCGUCGUCGAGAUGGCCACCGGGUGCCCGUGUUUCCCUGGAGACUGCGGAAUCGGCACCAUGUUCAAGAUCAUGCAGAUGCUGGGCUCCCCCACGGAGACUGCCUGGCCAGGCUUCCAGGAGACUCUCACGCAGUGGAGGCCCAGCUUCCCCAAGUGGCCGCCUACGGACCUCCGGGCGAUCCGCGACAAGCGCCCGGAGCUCGGCGACGCUGGGAUGGACCUGGUCGCGCAGCUCCUGGCCAUGAGCCCCGCGGCGCGCCCGAGCGCCCGCAGGGCGAGGGCCCACGCCUUUCUCGCGCGCCCCGCCCCCGCGUGA